GAAAAUAAAGUUCAGUGAUAGUCCAUAGAUUAUACUGUAUGAUGAUAAAAAAUGCAGUCUACAUCUACAGGAAAUAUUUGUUGGUAUAAUACAGAUUACACACCUACUUAAGAACUAGUUGUUGACGUUAAGCGGAUGGGUCAUCGUGUUGGUAUAUUUUAUUUCUUUACAUCGCGAACAAGUUACGUAUUUCAAGAACGAUAAUUUUAACUAAGCAAGAAUCAUCAAGAAGGACUAUUAAGUUGUGGUAAAAUGAGAAGUGAAAGUUAUAUUCUACUUUUAUGUAUUUUGUUUACAUUUCAAAUAAAAACUGCUUUCAAUAAGGACCAAAGAUAUAAUCCCAGCACUGACUUUUUAUUGCAUGAAAAUGGUGGCGUCGCAUACGAUUCUAAAAGAGAUUAUGUAAACCAAUUCCCCGCUUUAAAGCCUUCUAGUCAAGCAGGACCGGCGAGUCCUGUGAGUUCACCCCCUACGCCUACAAACGGCAAAAGAGAUUAUGUGGCUCCUCAAAGACCUACUAGUCCUCCAAAUGCUGCAACUACGAAAUCAACUCAAAGUAUCCCAGGUACGCGAGCAAGUACUCCUAAUUUACCACCAAAACGCGAUUACGUUGCUUCCCAAUUCCCUACUUUAAAGCCUAUAGGAACUACACCAUUGCCUUCAUUGUCCCCAAAUAAUAAUAAAGCAGGUGCUACUAAUUCUAACCCGAACCCAAAGAGAGAUUAUGUUGCUCCCCAAUUCCCAACUUUAAAGCCAGUGAAAAACACGCCAUUGCCACCAUCAUCGCCAAAUCGUCAGCCUAGCUCAGGAAACGUUAAAGAUUUGAUCAAUUUUUAUGAUAAUAAGGGGCAAAACACCCCGGGUACUACCAAACAACCUAGCUUCAGCUCAAUUUUACAAGGAAAUAAUAACAAACAAACUUUGCCAUCAACUCCAAAAAGUCCGAAUGCUCCCGGUAAACCAUUAAGCUUCGGCAAUGUUGUAUCAGAAUCUAACAAUAGGGGUAACGUUUCACCAACUCCCACCUCCUUUACACCCGGGAGCCCCACUAAACCCGCGACAAGUGGACUUGUGCCUGCAAACUCACCAAAAAAGCCCGUCCUUCCAAGUUCCAUUUUAAGCAACAUUAACAAUCAAGGCUCAAAGAAUAGCGGCCCCACUGAUGCCGAACUCCAAACUUUAAGCGAGGAAUUAUUAAAGAAAGAUACAAAUAACGCUGCUAAAUACGUGACUAUAAAUUAUCAAGAAAAAACUACCUCGAGCUCGAAAGACGACAAGGCUCCAUUGCCAUUACUCACGAUCGCACCUGAGGCAUGGAAUAUACCAACAGUGCAAUUGCUACUACCGCUUUUAGAUAACUAUGAAAGAGAUGCUACAGUAAAUGAAUAUGUUACAGCGCAGGAAAGAACCGAAGAAAAUGCAUUCAUGGAUGCUGUUAUGUCUACUUCUGUAAUGCGCCAUUUAAUGACGUUCUUAAAAGAGAAAGGUUACGUAACACCAGACCCUAAGCAACAACGAGAUUUUGUUAAACAAAUGUGGUUUGGUAUGUACUCCAGAGGUCAAGGAAAAAUAAGUAGUUCUGGCUUUGAACAUGUAUUUUUGUCUGAACUCAAGAACGGUGAACCUAUAGGACUGCACAAUUGGAUUUAUUAUUCAAAGGAAGAGGCUGCAAAUCGUGUUAAUUAUUUAGGAUAUCUUAAGUACCUUUCUUUAGGCGACAAGGGAAGCGUUUUGUCAUUGCCGUAUAUUGAACAAGGACUUCACAAACCAGUGGGAAGCUUUUUCAUCGGUUUUUCGCCUGAACUAGAAAUGGCGCUCUACACUUUAUGCUACGUUACAAGAGAGGGUAAAGAUUGUAAUCUCAAGCUAGGAUCAAAAGAUGUCGACAUACUGACACACAAUUAUAGGUAUCGUAGUAAAAACUAUAUCGGUAGCGCUUACCCUAGAUUCUAGAGCCUUGAUUAUAAUUAUUUUUCUCUAAUGUUUAAAAUAUCUUCAUCAACAUUUUUUAUUACAAUAAAUAUUUUUCUA